CUUGUAGCAGAGACGUCUCGUACAGCGGAAGAAUAUUUUGUGCAGCGAUUUCUUUUUGUGACAGCAUGGACGUGCCAAACACGAGGAGGAUUGUCCUACUGGGAAAAGCUGGAAAUGGGAAGAGCAGCUUGGCAAAUACCAUACUAGGAGAGCCCACAUUCAAAGUGAACCAUUUCAAUGACUUGGAAACAUGUCUUUCUCAAAGCGUAACUAAGUCUAUCAAUGGAAGAAGCCUCAUGUUGAUUGAUACUCCAGGUUUCUUUGGCCCAGACAGGUCUGAGGUGGACAUGGAGAAAGACCUUUGGAGUAUUGUCAUAGAGUGCGCUCCUGGGCUUCAUGCCUUCCUGCUUGUGCUCAAACUUGAGAAAUUCACAGAGCACGAGCAGGCUGUCAUCACGCACAUGUGUGAAACUUUCUCUGAAGAUGCACUGAAUUACACCAUAGUCGUCUUCACUCAAGGUGACCAGCUGUCCGAAGGGAUGAAAAUAGAGGAGUACGUUGAUAAAAGUGAUGGUUUGCGGGAUCUGGUGAAGAAGUGUGGUGGUCGGUGCCACAUCUUUGACAGUAAAUACUGGAAGAACACCCAGGAGGACGAAUACAGAAGCAACCAGUUCCAGGUGGCAGAGCUGCUCAACACCAUAGACAAGAUAGUGAUGGAGAACAAUGGCGGCUACUACACCAAUGAAAUGCUUCAAGCAGUGGAGAAAGAAAUUCAAAAAGAGGAAGAGCGCAUUCGACGGGCAUCUGAAAACUUGUCACAGGAUGAGAUCAGAAAGCAGGCUAAAGCAAACCUCUUGAAGAAGCAAAAUGCAUCACGGACAUGGCUCAAAGGUUUGGUGGGUUUGGCAGUGAUAGUGGGGUUAUUUGCAACUACCUCAGCUGUGGUGAUCAAAUUUAUCACUCAAGCAAUCCCAGCAGCAAUCUCAGAAGCAACCCCAGCAACAUUCCCAUUAGUAAUCCCAUUGGCAAUCCCAGCAGCAAUCCCAGAAGCAAUCCCAUCAGCAUUCCCAGAAGCAAUCACAUCAGCAAUCCCAGAAGCAAUCCCAGCAGCAAUCCCAACAGCAAUUACAGAAGCAAUCCCAGCAGCAAUCCCAACAGCAAUUACAGAAGCAAUCCCAGCAGCAAUCCCAGCAGCAAUCACAUCAGCAAUUACAGAAGCAAUCCCAGCAGCAAUCCCAGCAGCAAUCCCAGAAGCAAUCCCACCAGCAAUCACUCCACCAAUCCCACCAGUAGAAAAGACAUUUGGUGAUCUUAUUCUCAGGACAAACCAGGACACUGGACAGCUGAGGUGUACUGAUAACGACAGAUUGACAUCAUCCAACGCUGGUGUCACACAGUAUGCAACAACAGGUUUCCUGUGUUACGAGAUAGCACUCGCAAUAGCUAUUCUGGCCUUAGUUGGUUUCAAAGAGCAGGUAGUGCAGGAGGGGCAUUUGGUGCAGCCGGUGCAGCCCAUGAAGGAGGAGGAGUCGUAG